AGCGAUACAACACGUUUGUUUUCUGCAACUACCAAUGAUCUAUCUGUAUCAGUGAAGCAUUAAAGUUGUUUCACUGCUGACUACUCAAUCGUAUUUCGGUCUUUUUUCCUUCCUCCGCUCGUCGCCAGUGAUGUAGUAUCACCCCGACGAUGUCGGAACAUUUCACAGUCAUUCAAGAAAAGGAAGGAGAGUUCUUUGCACCACGACAAGCUUUGAUUCAUGGCGUACGAUUAUCAUUUUAUGUGCCCAACAUUGAUAAAGACUUUGAGAGGGACUUGAGUCGUUUUGAAACCCGAUCAGAGGAUAUUUAUGUGGUUAGUUUUCCAAAAUCAGGUAAGGCUAUAGAUCGAGAUUGGAUCACGUUAAUUGUGGCAAGUUUAACGCGGUAAAAUCUCUACGCAGCCAACAAUUAUGCAUGCAAUCUUUCGCAGUCAUGGGUGAGAAGCUCGCAUAUGUUUAAAACUUAGCGAAGAAAUGCGUACAACGAAAACCAAUUUCCGUUACUGACCAAAUAAGUGCGUGAAACUGACAACAGUCGCAGCCAUAUUAAGUUUCUCAGGAGGGGUAAGUUUCUAUAGAAAUUUUAGUGCUACGUCAGUGAGGGGUAUAACAGAAUAAUUUGGUUUUAUCAACUGAGUUCAUAAUGUCGAUUGGCCAUCGUAAAGAGUUUAUAGAGCUGCCGUUUCGAAAGUUAGCCCUUCGCUCGAACGAGGGAAUCAGCUUUACGAUUAACUAGACCCUGUGAGCGGGGUAAAUGGGAUACCUGGAUGGUACUGGAUCCUUGGAAUCAAGUGUAGUGAUACUACGGGUGUCGGAUUAGUAUACUGAAGUAGUGCGCUCAAGUCUGGCCAAGGGCAUACACCUAUUUCAAAACAUAGGCAUGCUAUGCAUGCAAGAGUUACUUUUUUGUAGGGCGGGUGGAUUACUUGAAACAUUGUGAGUGAUGUCUACAUUCUUACAAAAGGAGAAUCGGAAUACUGAUUACACUGUCAAAAAUUCCUGCGAAUUUGAGGAUUUCAUAAGAGAUAAGACUCUUAACGCUUGUGAAGAAUUAGUAUCUUUCGACGUUGUUUCGCUCUUCGCUAAAAUCCCAGUUGAUCUUGCCGUUAAGGUUGCGGAGGAGAGACUCAGAGAAGAUGCUUCCCUAGGACAAAGAACUUCUUUGCCUGUGGAGGAUAUUAUUCAUCUGCUGUCUUUUUGCCUCGAAACCACGCUAUUUGCAUAUAACGACACCUACUAUCAACAAGUUUUUGGUACAGCUAUGGGUUCGCCCGUCUCUGCUGUCAUUGCCAACCUGGUAAUGGAGACUUGGAACAAAGGGCCUUAGCCACUUCGCCGGUUAAACCCUUUUUCUGGAAACGAUAUGUCGAUGAUGUUAUUUCUGCGGUAUUCGGAAUUGAAGCGGAGCGCCUCCUAUCGCAUUUUAAUUCAGUAGAGCCGUCGAUCCAAUCCACCCUCGAGCGUGAUAAGGAUAGACAUUUGCCCUUUCUUGAUUUAAAUGUGUCCAGAGGGGCUCAGGGUAAUUUAGAGACAAGUGUCUACUGUAAACCUACCUACACCGACAAAUACCUCGCUUUCGAUUCUCACCACCCUAUUUGCCAUAAAAAGUCUGUAGCCAAAACUUUACUCAGGAGGGCUAACUGUUUACCAUCUUCACUCGAUUCGAAGGCUGAGGGGAGAAAAUAUGUUUCUUAUGCCCUAAAGGCAAAUGGCUAUAGAAAAGCCUUUCUCCGUAACUGCCAAAAACCAGUUACAACUAGUAACUCUCUUGAUUAAAGGGAACCAGCAACUGGUUUUGCUGUUAUUCCUUACAUUCAGGGUGUUACGGAACCCAUCAAGAGAAUUUUGAAAAGCCACAACGUUAAAGUUGUUCAAAAACCUUUCUAGACUUUGGGGCAUAUUUGCGCCAAACCUAAGAAUCCUGUCACGAAAGAACAACGAACCGACGUCAUUUAUAUUGUUCCUUGCAAUGACUGUGACAACGAAUACAUCGGAGAGGUCAAACGUCAGUUUGGUACACGUUUGAAAGAGCAUCAAAAAGCGGUUAUCUUUUGCAAAAAGGAAAAUUCAGCUUUAUCGGAGCACACAUGGCUAACCAACGAUACAAUUUGGUGGGAUAAUUCUAAAAUUAUCACCACUAAUCGGCGUUACCACUAGCGCCUUUGUUUGGAGGCCUUUAAAUCGUGUCGAUAGCGGCUUGCUUCCUGACGCCUAUUUACACCUCGUCAGUUAAAAAGGCAGCUAAUUAGCGAUCAUAGAAAAGAACCUCUUGUUGGAGCGUUUAGAUCCCCCCUGAUGAAGGCACUAGACAGGAGUGUCGAAACGUUGGGUCUAUGGAUUGUAACUUCUUCGCUUACAUUCAUUAAAUCUGUAAACCAGAGAAGCAUCAAACCAUGUUGUACUGUUUAGCCGUUUUAAACCACGUGACCUCAUAGCUUAAAAGGUCCAUAGGAGAGCACGUAAAGCAGCGUAAUUUUUACAGCAACCAAAUCACUCCGUAUAAUUGACAGAGUAGCUCAUGUUUACAACUGACCAAAUUAGUGCGUGCAAGGAAUGCAAACUGCGGACAACAAGAUCUAUCCUUUCCUUUUUUUCAGGAACAACCUGGGUGCAAGAAAUUGUCUGGCAAAUACUCAACGAUGGAAAAAUCAGCGAAGAAAGGGUGGAAAGUCGCUAUUCCUUUUUGGAAACAAGUCAGCUCUUCGAUAGGCCCGGAGACGAGUCAGACGAGCAGAAGGUCUCCGUGACUUCUCGGCCCAGUCCCCGCUUAAUUAAGUCACAUCUUCCUUAUCAUGUGAUUCCAAAGAGUAAAGAGGAGAGCAAAAGAAGCAAGUAUAUUUACGUGGCAAGAAAUCCAAGAGACGUUGCUGUUUCAUAUUAUCACUUCGUCCUAAGCUUUGGCCCUAGCAGUUACUUUAAAGGGACAUGGGAGUUCUUUGUAAAGUUGUUUCUUGAGGGCAAAAGUAAGGAUUUUUAUUCGUUGGAAAUAGUUUUCGCUGUACGCUAAGCGGAAGUUUGACGGCAUUGCGAGCUCGCCUCCUACUGUCUCUGCAAGUUCGCCACCUGAGGAAAAACAAGUUCGCUCCCACCUUUAUUAGUUCGCCCCCAAAUCUUUCAAAGGUACGAUGAUUUCGACAGCAAACAAUGCGUUCUGCCUCAAGGAAACGUGUUGAACGAUUUAGUUUCUGAAGAAAUUGUGGGGCUGCUUCGGUGUGGUAGUAUAUAACGAGAGAACUCAUUUGUUUCUAUCAACUGAGUUGAAAAUGUAAAUUGGCCACCGUAAAGAGUUUGUCAAAGUCAGCUUUGAAACUCUUUACGGUGGCCAAUUUACAUUAUCAACUUGGCUGAUAAAACAAAAAUUAUCUUGAAAGGUUUAGGGGCGAGCUGGGAAAGGUAGGUGCAAACCUGUGUCACUUCAGGGGGCGAACUCGCAAGGGAAGGGAGGAGAGCGAACUUGCAAUGGGGUGAAACUUCCAUAAACCGUUAGAUAUCUGUGAUCAAAUGAAAUGAUUGUAAAUUUGAAUCAUUUCCUGCAGAUUCAUAUGGCUUUUGGUCUGAUCACGUGUUGCCCUGGUGGAAACACAGAGAUGAACCUCACGUCUUAUUUCUCAAAUAUGAAGAUUUAAAGAAGGUGAGCAAUUUUCAUGCUUUACUCAUCUUUUUUUAGUUGAACUACAAACACAUAAGAUCAACCUUCACUAGUCCGACCAUUAUAACGCGAAUCCGAGACUGUUAUAAGUAAGGGAGCGAAUACUGUGCAACCGUAAACCCCUGUAAAUAAAUAGUGAGUAAUUGCACAAGUCUAAACUUGUAAUGAUUUCCAUAAAAACCCAUUUACCUUUCAGGAUCUUUGUGGUAACGUUCGACUAAUCAGCGAAUUUCUCGAGAAGCCACUUUCAGAUGAAAUGAUCCGCAAAAUCGCCCACCAGUGUACGUUUGCGGAAAUGAAGAAAAACUCCAACUCUUAUGUCAUUUCGGCAUAUGCUACAAAACCAAACUUGCUUCGCAAGGGUCAGAUUGGAGACUGGAAGAGGCUCUUCAGUGAAGAAUUAAACAAGCAAUUUGAAGAAACGUUCUCGACGAAAUUGAACGGUACAGGACUGCAUUUUGACACAGAAUAACGAACAUUGAUUGGUUUUCAACUUGAAAAUCGAUUCCUUGUAAAAUGCAUUUUAGUAAUGUAGUGCUUUUCUUUGCAAUUCUUCAAGCUAUUGCGUAGCUAAGCAAAGCAAUCUCUUUUCUGUGAAGCUUCAGACGGGCACGGAUGAAGAGUAAUAUGGGUGUGGUAGAGUGACCUAAAGUUUGUACGAGGAGAGAAAGCGAAAACGUUAAUCUCGUUCCCAGAUCCUACCUUUUAACUGCAACUGAAAAGUCGGACUUUACAACCACUUGACCGUGGAGAGUCUGGAUACGAGACUAUGAAAACGUAGAG